AUGGCAGAAAGUCGAAUUAAUGCUGUUGAUGUUGUUGUUAUUGUGGCUUAUUUCCUCAUUGUUAUUGGCGUUGGGCUAUGGGUGAGUAUAACUGAGUAACCAUGGAAUGAAUUUCCCCGCUCAAAAUAUUUCAUGUAAUGCUAUCUUAUUGUGAAUGCUCUAUAUAAAAAUUAUCUUCGUCUUAGAAUUGUAAUGUAUAUGUGAAAUAGAUUAUUAUUUGCGAUCAUAAAGUCAAGGCUUGUAUUUGUAUUGUGUGUGACAACCAGUUACGUGUUCGUUUGUAAUUUGUUUACGUAUACGCGCAUGUUUAUAUAGCCGUGCAAGUAAUUUUCGAAUUGAGAAAUGAAAUGCAGGAAUGCAUGAUUAAAUGCCAGAACUGCAAAGUUUUGGCAUUGGAGGAACUUAAUUUCCUGCGCAAAAGUACUUGGGACAAUGAUAUCUGCGCAGAAUUCGUUGAAUUAUUGUAAAAUAUUUCAUUAUUUUCAAUGUUCUGGUAAAUGUAUGCAGUAAAAUGCAAUUAUAUUUUCCCAAAUCGAUAAUAAAAAAACUUAUUUAUUAAAAAUAUUCGUUCCAGAGCUGGUAGAGACUAGAGCGGUCGUCAGAAUCCACAUUUCAAAUAUUACUCUUGAAAUCUAAAAUUUACGUCGGAAUUGAAUGAAAAUAGACUUUGAACUUGUAUUAUAAAAAUUCGCCCAUUUAAUACUAAAAUUCGCGCAGCGUUGGGUGCGCAAAUUUUACUUUGCGCGAAAUAUUAUCCGCGCGAAAAGCUUUGCGGUGUAAUAUGAGACACUCAUUGUUGUGUUAAUAAAUCAACUGAUUUGCAUUACUAUGUACACAUUUGACAUAUGUUUUAAGUUGUCUUGGUAACAUUAAAAAUAAAAAAUGUCUUCAUCUUUAUCUGGCUGGGCAAUUUCAGUUGGGAUAUUCUCAGGUUCGACUGGGCAAUUUCAGUCGAGAUAUUCUCAGGUUCCGCGUAUUAUUCCGUCACGAAUGCCUGCAUUUUGCUGCAGAUCCUCAAACUUGCAUUGGACAACAACAGGAGCCACAACGAAAAGAGGAUCGAUUUGAACUCUAGCUAAAAUUUUGUUUGACUUAUAGUUAUAAAUUUAUGAACCUAUAAUAUAUGGGAAUGCUAAUAAAGAUUAUUGUUAUUGUAUUAUACCAUACAAUAUUUUUUUAGUUUUUGUUGGUAUUUUGAACUCGCGCUUUAUUUGUUAUCAUGAAUUUUGCUUACAUUUAUACAUAAUUUUGAAGCCAUAUUUUGAGGCGAUCUAAUCGCUUUUUGAUUAUGUUUUGACAAAUAUUGAGGUACAGUAUUUGUUGAUAAAUAGUUCUAUUAAACAAACCAGAAAGAACGAACAAGGAAAAUUACUUGCGCGAAUUUAAAGGUAAGCGAAUAAGUCUCAACAGGGUGCGCGAAAUUAAAUCGGUCGAAUUUAAAGCUGGGCGAGUCCAUCGUAUAUUUUAGAUUUCAAGAGUCAAGCAUUUUGUAGCUGCUUUGUCGGUUGUUUUAUUGUAAUAAAUGUCGCUGUCACUUUUAACCCAUAACACAAAUCGCGAUUUGUUGCUUUUUCCCAGUCAGAAGCCGUUGUUUGUCGCUCUUUUUCGGCAUAGGCUGUUGCCUCCUUUGAAGGAAUGUCGCUUGUCGAUCAUGACCCCUUGGUGGGCCUCAUUACUGGCUGACCUUCUGCAUAAUAGUCCUUGGUAGUUUAUGGUAAACUUUAUAUAAUGACUUCAAUGCAUUAUGUCUUGCAGGCAAUGUACAAAUCCAAUCGUGGUACAGUAACUGGUUACUUUUUAGCUGGACGUUUUAUGACAUUUAUACCUGUACGUAUAACUAUAAAUUUUGCAUAUUUCCACCCACCCAUCACUUGCAUGAGCUUUCAUUACACACAUAAAAAAGGAAUUGUACCAAGUAUAAUUUCUACCAAAAAUCACCCAGUGAUAAAUGUUACCUGUUCUGGAAUAAGCACCAUCCCUUUAUACUGUACAGUGUACAUGAGUUCCCCCUUCCCAGAAGAAGUUCAGGGGGGGGGGGGGCAGGAGGGAUCUAAACUUGUAUAACAGUGCUGGUCAUUAUAUUAUUCCAUAGGUUGGUGCAUCAUUGUUUGCAAGUAAUAUUGGUAGUGAACAUUUCAUUGGCCUUGCUGGUUCAGGAGCUGCUGCAGGGAUAGGUGUUGGUGCUUUUGAGUUUAAUGUAAGGUUAUAGAUGCUACCAUCUGCUACAAUUUAGUGGGUUACAGAGAGUUGUGUACUUGAUCAUAGUGUCCAUGCCCCUUAGAACCAACCAGUGAUAUUUGGUGAAAAAGUCCUGUGCCGGGUAAAUCUGAGUGAUAAUCAACCAGUGACAUUUGGUGCAAAAAUUCCCAUGGUAAAGAUGAGUGAUAAUUGCACCAUCUGAACCUGGGUGUGGUCAGUUAAGCUUGAGCGCACACUCCACUGGUCCCACCCUCCACUGGUCCCACCCUCCACUGGUCCCACCCUACACUGGUCCCACUCUCCACUGGGCCCACCCUCCACUGGGCCCACCCUCCACUGGGCCCACCCUCCACUGGUCCCACCCCCCACUGGUCCGACCCUCCACUGGUCCCACCCUCCACUGGUCCCACCCUCCACUGGUCCCACCCUCCACUGGUCCCACCCUCCACUGGUCCCACCCUCCACUGGGCCCACCCUCCAUUGGGCCCACCCUCCACAUGCUCCACUGGGCAUACCCUCCAUUCCACAUCCCUGGAUGCAAAUCGAAGUUUUUGCAAUUGAUUUCCAAACUUUCCAGUCAGGCCAGAUUUGAUACUGUACAUAAUGGUAUUCUCUGCAAAUCAUUAAGGAUUUCUUAUGUUAAUUUUAUUUUAUUCCUUUAGGCAUUAAUUUUACUGCAAGUUUUAGGAUGGGUCUUUUUACCUGUGUAUAUGGCCAGUGGGGUAAGUUCAAAGUAAACAGAGCGAUUUAGGUUUAGGUUCAGAUAUACUUGUUCAGAAAUGUGAAAAUGUGAAUUUGUUUGGAAUUAAUUUUCCCAUUUCAGAUCAGAACAAUGCCAGAAUAUAUUCAACGUCGUUUUGGUGGACAACGACUUCGCGUUUAUUUGGCCUGUCUAUCCUUGCUGCUUUAUAUUUUUACAAAGAUAUCGGUAAAAAUCAUUGAACAAUUUCUACUUGAGAGAUGAUGAAUCAUCUGUCAAUAUCCAGCUUCAGUAGUCUGAGUAAACAGAAGACAAACAAUCUAGACAAACUAUUGAGAGUGUGACAUGAUUUAAUUAUACUAGCAUUGCUUCAGGGAACCAAUCAUGUAUGAUCGUUCCAUUAAGACAAACUUAUAUGAACAUAUUAGUUUGUUUAUCUAUCUGUAUAACAUGUGAAUUAUUGGAUAAGUACUAUCUGUUUCUUAGAGUAUAAAUUUGACCAAUCAUUUUACAGGUGAACAUGUUUUCUGCAUCACUUUUUAUCAAUCAAGCAUUGGGAUGGAACAUCUAUUUUGGAAUUUUACUUCAGCUUGCACUGACAUCUUUAUGUACUGCCCUAGGUAAUGUAUUGAUUACAUUUCGCUUGAAGGAAUAUUAAAUUGUACAAGUGAUAUUCAACUGUAUGGUACUUGCUUUCCAAUUGUUUCUAUAAUUUGUUAUUCAAUAUCGCAGGUGGCCUCACAGCAGUUAUAUACACAGAUACUCUGUCAGCUUUUGUUAUGGUUCUUGGUGCUAUGGUUGUCGCAAUAAAAGGUAUUCUAUCACCUUGUUUAAACUAAGUUGCAACUGUGAGGUUGCCUUUGGUUGUCUCAGCUAGCAGUGCAAGCUAAUGUUACCUGUAAGUGUACCGUUGGUGGAUUAACUUCUCCUCCAACAAUCCCCUCCAUGGGGGAGGUGUGGAUAUUUUCUAGAAUGACUGUUCAAAUCAAAUCAAUUUAUUCGUCAAUAAUUAACAAAAAAAAAUUACACAAAAUGAAUAAAAUAAAAAAAGGCAAGGUAGCCCAAAAGAAACCAAAAGGCUUAUUUACAUUGCGCUCCUUUGUUAAUACAUGAGCAGGUAGAUCUGGAGGCAAUCAGUCACAAAAUAAAGUAAUGAUGUAUUGUCUGUAAAUGAUUUCAGCUUUUAUUGAAGUGGGUGGCUACAGUGGAUUACAAGACAAAUACAUGAUGGCCAUACCAAACAGUUCAAUCCCUAACACUACAUGUGGAAUACCCAGGGAAGAUUCAUUUGUUUUACUUCGUAAUGCGGUUGAUAGUGAUAUACCUUGGCCAGGUUUUGUGUUGGGCGUGACUGCCUCGUCUAUUUGGUAUUGGUGUGCUGAUCAGGUAAGGUUAAUAAACAGGGGUUUGAAUCAAGUAGGGACUAGUCUGCAGAGAGGGCAGGUCAGACAGGCUGUAUAACCACCACAGGUUAUCCUCUCAAAUCUUGAGGUAACCUGGGAGCAGGCCUUCCUGAGUUAUCUUGAGAUCUUACUGAUUUUCUGAUCUUGCCCGUGGUUUAACAUGAUGAUAGCAAGUAUCCCAAUAUAUCCAGGUGAUCUCGUGUUCAUAUUUUAGCCAAUCAGCGCUCAGAAAGGGUUGUCCGGAUAGAAAUCCAUUUUGAUGUAUUCAGUCAAUUAUAUCUUUCGUUAUUCUUUAUGAAACUAGUUGAAAUUUUGUAAUUAUGUUUGGUUAUGAGAACUAUAGCUCUGACAAAAAUAUGGAAUCGAAAUAAAGUAUAUUGCAGGAGAUAUUCAGUUGUUUUAAUCAUAAAAUGGAUUUCUAUUUGACAACUAGUGCCAGUACUUUUCCGCGUAUCAAGAUCAUCUGGAUAGCAAUACUGCAAAUACUACACUUUUUAUUCGAGUCCCCCAAUGGACGUAGAAGGGAUGGCCCUAACUAGUAGCAUCUUGGAAGAACAGUUAACAACUGACAGAGCUGCAUGACCAGUGUAAUUAAAAUUAGUUUAAUAUAAUUUCCUCCUGGAUCAACAAGGGAUGAACCUCACUAGACUUCGCUUGACCUACCAAAGAUAACAGUUGCGAACUGACAGAGCUAUCCAGUUUAAUUAAAGUCAACUUAGUCACUUGAUUAAAACGUGUUCCUUUUUAUUCUACAAGGUAAUAGUACAACGAGCUCUGGCUGCUAAGAAUCUUUCGCAUGGCAAAGCUGCUUGUCUGAUGGCGGGUUAUAUUAAAAUAUUACCCAUGUUUUUGUUAGUUAUGCCAGGCAUGAUAAGUCGCGUCUUAUACACAGGUAGGUAAUACACUACUCUCACCCUCGUUUAAUCGGGGUCAUAUUGCACCUCUAGGGAGAACAAUGAAUGAUUUCAGCUAUCGACUAUUUUUUUAUCUAGACAAGAAAGACGAAAUCUAUCAUUGCAGCUCAAAAGAGCAUCCUAAAAUUAGUAAAAUUGCAAAGUUUGGUUGCGAAAUGUUGUAAAAUCGAAAAAUAUAGACCCAUUGCGCGUGACGUCACAGCGCCGGUGACGAUGCAUUUGGAGGACAAAUUAGCAAUCUAUGCAUAUAGGCCGUGGGCUGUUGUGCGAAAAGGUGCCUAGAAAUGCAAUUUCGUGGCAUCCUCCUGGGAAAUAGAUUUUCUGCGGUUCAAUUCAUAGAACCAUAGAUGCUUAAUUACCACAAAAAGUUCCCAAGCAAAAAACUUGCCCAACACCAAGAAAAUGGGUGAUCAGUGAUUAUCCUCUAUUAAAUUGUAUUACAGCAAGAAAAUGUGAAAUUUUGUAUUCAAUUACAACACAAAUGACUUGCAUCAUCAAAAAGCUUACAAAAACCUACAUAUAAGACAUUUAAACAGUUUUUUUUUUAUAUCUAAAAUUGUUUUCGAGUUAUACGCUGUCAAAAACGCGUUUUUGACCUAAUACCCAGUCCUUAUUGCGACAUUUUGGUCCAGUUUUCACAUUUAAAACAGCAAUAACUCGAAGACUACUUGAAAAAUCAAAAAACUGUUUAAAAGUCUUAUAUGCGGUUUUUUGUACGUUUUCCGAUGAUGUAAGUCAUUUUUAUUGUAAUUGAAUUAUAAAAUUUCCCAUUUUUUGCUGUAAUACAAUUUAACUAAUUUAAGGAUGUUCUUUUAAGCUGUAAUGAUAGAUUUCGUACUUCUUGUCUGGAACAAAAUUUAGUCUAUAGCUGAAAUCAACCAUUGAGAACUUCAUGUACAUUCUUUUCUCACUACAGAUGAAGUAGCUUGUGUGGGUGAAGCAUGUAAAGACGUAUGUGGCUCAACGGUUGCCUGUUCAAAUAUUGCGUACCCUCGCCUCGUUCUGGGGAUAAUGCCACCAGGUCUUCGCGGUGCCAUGUUUGCUGUCAUGAUGGCGGCCUUGAUGAGUGAUCUCACGUCUAUAUUUAACAGUUCAAGCACGAUAUUCACACUUGAUAUCUACAGCAGAAUACGCCAGAAAGCGAGUACCAGAGAGUUGAUGAUUGUUGGACGGUAGGUAGUCGUAUAUCUCAAAUUCUUACACAAUUAAUGGGCGGUAAACAAAGGGAAUCACAACUAUGACGGCAGUUGGAUAUGUGAUCUUAAUUAGCAUAGAAUUCCCUCAAACUUAAAUUUCUCUUAAAAUUCUGAUUCAUUUGUGAAUUUGAGAUGUCAUAUAUCAAAUUCAACUAAGAGGACUUUACCAGAUAUCCAGUAAAGUCCUCUUAUAGUUGGAUUUGAUAUAUUACAUCUCAAACAUGGUGGUCCAAUGCAGGCAGUAUAGUUGUUCAGACACAGACCAUGGACACAGAGGGCAACUAAAGAACUUUGUAUUAUAAUUCUUUGCAGUAUUUGGGUAGUGGUCAUGUGUGGUGUGAGUAUUCUAUGGAUACCUGUGGUAGAACGGUUUCAAGGUGGUCAAAUGUUCCUAUAUAUCCAGGCUAUAUCCUCGUACCUCGCUCCACCCAUAUGUGCUCUCUAUCUGCUGGCUAUCUUGUGGAAACGUGUCAAUGAAUUUGUAAGUCGUUACAAGUAACGCAACUUUUUAGCCUAGUACAGGACUCGCCCAUUCAACACUUCUAUGAGGUUGCCAACAUAUGACAACCUUUUGUAGCUGGAAAUCUUUCAACUGUUUUGCAAUAUAUUUCAUGCAAUAUGUAGCUUUAUUUCUAGCCUACCAAUGCUUUCAUGGUUGAAAAAUUAUUGCGACAGCUUUUUUACCCAGUUAUUUAGUUAUCAUUCAAAGACUUCUAUUCAAAACUUUCCCCUUCCUGCCCGUCACUUUUCUGAAGUUAACAACCAUCUGCUGAAUACGUCAACACCAUAUUUCGCAGUACUUAAUACUUAAAGCCCAUUUUUGACUUGCAAUUUUUGCUGAGAUUUUAGGUGCUAUUUUCUUCUUGUGAAGGAUGCGAACAAGUGGAAGAAUUAUGAAAGUUCAUAUGGGGGUACACCUAUUCAGAACAUUCAUAAUUCAUCUACUCCUUCACAUGCAUCAGAAGAGAAUCGAAGCAAAAAUGACAAGUGUAAACACGGACCUUAACUCUACUUAUACGAGUUCUCUUUGAACUUUCUAUAACAUUUGGUCAAUUUCUACAAGUGCUAAACAAAAGAAAAAUAUUAAAUUUUAUUGCAAUCGAUUUCAGGGUGCAUUCUAUGGUAUGAUGAUAGGAUUUGUACUUGGCAUUUCUCGAAUGAUAUGUGAUUUUGCUUUCCCUCAACCAAAAUGUGGCGAUGCUGACACACGGCCUGGUUAUGUCAAAUUAAACUUCAUGUAUUUUGCUCUUAUUAUGUUUGUUGUCACGACUGUUUGCAUUGUCGUGCUCUCAUUCUUUGGCGAGGAGUCUGAACCCGAAAAGGUAUGUACGCCAACGCUGAUUGGCCAGUUUUGUUCCUACAUGCGCGGUGAUUGGUCAAUUUUUAUAUGUGGAACACAAAGAUUUUCCCGCCACAACAGUUUUUAAAGUUUCCGAAAAUAAAGCUUGUCUAUGAAAACAGCGGAAAUGUGGAAUUAAAGAAUUGGCAAUUCUUUAAUUUUUUUAAUGUUUUGCGUUCUUGUUUGAAUCUGGAAACUCAAGAUACUUCGUCAGAUUAUUGGUGGUUGGGCUGUAGUACUUUCCAGGUAAUUCAGACACAAACCACGAUUAAUCAAUGCAUGUAAAAUACUACCUCCAUUGGAUUGCUUGAGAAGUAUUUUUAAUCGUUUUCAGGUAGUUCAACACAAACCACGACAUCUUAAUGUAGGACGUUGCUUAUACUUGACCUCCAUAGCAAAAAAUAGAGUACGUUGUCCUGUUUUAGAUAUCUCGUCUCACAUACUGGACUCGCUUUGAUGCUGUGGAUGAAUCAAGUGUUGUUCCCAAUAAAACCGAGUCCUUUGAAAUGGUUAACAAAGUCGAGGAAAAACCGGACAAAAAUGAAAAUGAGGAAAUGAAAAUUGAGGACGUUGACGUGGUAACAGAAGGUAAUAACCACUGCUCUGGAAAUGACAUUAUUUAGUUUCCCUUUCACUGUUUAUAAGAUGUUAGUAGCAUUGUAGUUAGACAGGGGGUUCCAUUUUGAAAGUGCAGUUUUGCCUCAGUCACAUGCGAGAGGGGUAGUUUCCAAUUUGACUGUAUACCGUUUCUAAUAAAGUUGGUUUAGUUUAGUUUUCUUCCUGUAGUAACACUGGAUGAACAAGGGAUGACCCUUACUGGACUUCUAGGAAGAACAGUUUAGAACUGAUAGAGAUAUCUAGUAUAAAUAAAGUUAGUUUAGUUUAGGUUUCCUCCUGUAGUAACACUGGAUCAAUAAGAACCUUUAGAACAGAUAGAGUUAUCCAGUUAAUUUACAGUUUGUAAAGUUUUAAGGAAUCGCCAAUGAUUAACUCGAUUUUCAGGCAAUGACGACAGUAUGUGUAAAAAGGCGUACAAAUGGUUAUGUGGUCUGGAAGUUGGCCAUCAGGAUGCUGUCAAUGCGGAACAACUACAGGAAGAAAGGAUCAAGAAAUCGAGCAGUCUAAAACAGAAUCCUCGCAUCAGUUUGAUCUUGAAUAUUAAUUUAGGUAUCAUCUUCUCAGUAGGCUUGUUUUUGUACGUCUAUUUUACCUUUCACCGCGCAUAAUCCCGAGUUUAGACACACCUAGGGCAUACAUAAAUAUAAUAAAUACACAUUUGAGGUAAUCUUUUAAUAAAUUGGAAUAGGGAGAAAAUUUUCAUAUACACCACAUUUUGUAUUUUUUGCACAUGCAUAUAUAUUUUUAUUCGCGUAAUUAUAUAUUUGUAAAUUAUGUUGAAUUUCUGUUAGUUGAUUAUUAUUUUGCUAUUGCUAUUUUAUUGCUUUUAAAAUACAAACAAAAUAAGUAUUCUUUUUUUGUCUGCUAGUAUAUAUUUUUGUGCACGUUAUUAAAUUUAGGGUCAUUUUCGACAACCUCCAUCCCUAUCCUAAUUCUAACCCCGACCACUGAAAAAUUUCUAUUCUGUGCCUUGCCAUGAUUUGAUCCUUGCAUUAAUUCACUAACUGUGAUUAAUUCUAACAUAACACAAUCCUAAAAUUUAAUCCUUACCUAAUCCUGACCCCAAUUUUAACUCUAAUAUUAACCUUUUGAUAUUAUUUUUGAGAUAGUAUAAUUAUGGCCAGUUACCCAAAGUCACAGAAAAAUCUUUAUUCUAUGCCCAAAAUUAUAAUUUAGCUUAGGAUUAGGAUUAAGAUAAGGAUUAGCAGCAUGUAGUGCAUAGUAGCUUUUACUGUAAGAAUAGGUUUAAAACAUGAUUAGGAUUGCGAGUUAGGAUUAUUAGAUUCAGAUUAGUUUUCAUUGAUCCAAUUAAAGGGUUCGCAGAACUCUGGUCCACUACAUGAAAAACUAAAUGAAGUACUGGUAUCGAAGGUACAAGAAGUUCAGGCGCAGAAUUUUGAAAAAAUGGUGGAAAUUUACGACUCGCAUUUAGUUUUGGGUACUUUGGCGUUCUUGUGGCUCGUUUAUUUGUGGGAAAGUUACUUAUUAAAACGACAGGUAUAAAACUGCGUAUUCUCAGCUAUAAAAUGAAUGUAAAUUGUGGCAAGAAAGUUGUAUUUAUCUUAUUUUAAUUUCCCAUGUCUUACCACAUGUGUUAGAAGUGCGGAAGCGAGGAUUUUCAACUUUUUCCUGUAAAACUUGUACCAGUAGUUGACUUUGUUCAUUAAUAUUCAUUUUGUUUAAUGCAUGGACAUUCCCUAGUUCACUUAUCGAUAGACUUUAAUAAACUUUGGCAGAAAUAUUAACAAUUGAUAGGCAGAACAAAACUGCUUACGCAGCUGUUCCGCCCACAACCUACUCGUUCAAAUUCCCGAACUUUGGCACCACCAGAGGGUCUGUUUUCUUAAAAAUUUUCCUCUUGUUCCCUUUUAAAAUUUCAUUUAUUGUAGAAUACACAUACACUGGUCCCCAUAUUCAAUAAUAAUGGCAAUGAAUAAUAUAAAUAAAGAUAAAAUAAUCAGAGAGUGCUGCACUGGAAUUAUUUAUAGUGCAAGGCUAUGAUUGCUUCAGGACUGUUGGAUUACUGCUUUGCUGAAAUUCACAUAAUUAUACAAAAACUCUUCCACGAAAUGAUUAUGUUUUGAAAAUGAUUAAUUGUUGAGAAGUUACACCCUAUUCCUAAAAAGUGAACAAAUACAACAUAAGAACUAGGUUACCCACAGGCCAGUAAUGCUGCCUUUGACAGCAAAAGACAAACUACAGGGUGUUGAACGAGUCCUUCAGAAACAUCCUAUUAUUGUUAUCCUUGUUAACCCAUUUAUUGACAGCACUCUAUCACUGACUGAGCAUUAAAAAUCGUCUGGCGUUGGACAGGGUAAAUACUAAAGUCAUUGCUGUGCUGAUAGAUUAACAAGAGCCAUUGGCAGAUAGGUUUGUUAACCCAUUUACUGGCAGUACCACUGACGAGUAAAAUCUUCUGGCACUGGACAAGGGAAGGUCGAAGGGCGCAUUGCCAGCUAAUGCGUUAAACCACCGUGGUUAAACAUAAGAUUGAAUGCUCCAGGAAAUGUAAACAAACUAUCAGUGUGACAUCCCAGUUUAUAUAUUUAUAUACUCGGAAUAUUGAUUUCUCGGUAUAUACAAAAUUAUUUUAAAGUAUAACAACCAGCGAAGACGUAAGCCACUAACUACCCUGCGCGGCUGCGCGCAGACUAUAUAAUGACAUAUAUAUGUCAUCCGUCCGGUCCGUCCGUCGCCAUCUGUCCGUCCAUCCGUCAUUCAUCCAUCCGUCCGUAUCCGCGUUUUAUCCUAGCCCGUUUUUAAAACACAAAGUUUGCAUAAUUAAUCAUUAAGGCAGUGCGGUUUGUCAUGAUCAACAUUUUCAAAAGCGGCCAAUUAGACCAGGGGUUAAAGGGCAAUGACAAUGACAUGCAGGUGACAUUUAACAUUGCGUCUCACUAAUUAAAAUUUGCGUGUUUAAUAACGUUUAAUAACGUUUAUCAAAGAAAGCAAAAAUAUAUACAAGACAAUCUCACAUGUGAAUUUUUCACUUACGUACUGCCUUGUGAUGCAGUACAAGUAUAAAUACAAACGACAAAGCAUUUGUAAAUCCUAAAACAUAAUUAAAUCAUACGGCACAUUCAAGAUUUUAAUAUCGUUUUUCAGCCGCGCGUUAUAAUUUAUACUGCUUGGCGCAUUCGCUGCGCUAUAUUUAUUUAUAUACACAGAAUAGCAUGUCAUUGUCUUUGCGGACCAUAGCCCAAAAGCAUCUGUCAACCACAUACCAAAUUUAAGCAAUCGUUAAAUCAUAUAUAUGUCAUGGAAAGAAUAUGGAAAUCAUGUUGAAUGAAAGCUAGCAUCGUGUAUAAUGUUAAAAGCACCGCAUAGUGCUCGAACCACUGCGUAUAAUUGCAAAAGCACCGCGUAUAUAAAUGGUGAAAGCACCGCGUAUAAUGCUGGAACCACAGCGUAUAAUGCGGAAACCACUGCGUAUAAUGGCGAAAGCACCGCCGUAUAUUAAAUGCUAAAAGCACCCAACAAAAUGCCGUUUGAUCACUUUAAGCCAGUUAUGGCUUUCAAUAAAAGAAGACCAAAGAUGAAAGAUGAUCACAUUGCCUGUUUGCUAUGCUUGGCCGCGUUGCACCACGGUUAAAAUUCACUGGUUCCGUCAUGCAAUGCGCCAAAUAGAAAAUUUUGAUUUUGACCCACAAAACAAAAUUAGGAUCUGCUGCCUUGCUCGCUCGCUUCAGGUUCGCUCGCUGCGGCAGCAAUAAAGUACAUAAUAAUUACAGUAUAAAGUGAAAAAAGACAAGACAAGUAAAAGUGUAUAUGUAUUUUUUUAGUGCAAUGUUUUAAAGACCACAGAUGAGAUACCAAUAGAACUACGACAUGUUCUUGACAAGGAAACAUUUGAGAAGUCAAGGCUAUAUCAACUGGAUUCCAAGAACUUUGGUUUUUGGAACUCAAUAUAUUCCCAAAUUGAGACCACGGUGAGUAGCAGAUGGAUAGUGACGAGGGGUAUAGCCACGGGGAAAAGCGGUCCAGACACCCCCCGAAAGCUUGGGUUUUAGUCUCUGCCCUACUGUCACCACUUCUAUGUAUUAUGUUUUUAAAAGAAUAUUCUAAACUUUUUCUUGUGUUUAGCUUGAAGUACAUUCAUUAUUUUUUUAUAUUAUUAGUUGGUGUUGCUUUUUGGAGGUAUUCCAUUGUUAUGGUGGCUAGCUGGCAAGGUCUUGCACCGUUUUGGGUAUGAUGAAAGUUAUGAGGUAACCAAGUACCUUAGUAGUUUCAAGUUUGAGUAUCAGUCAUAAGGACAAAAUAUGGAGACAGGCACUAAUUUCCUAGCAAUUUAAUUAGGAAGACAGAAAUUGGCUGAAAAUUGCAAGUAAUGAGGGUCACGUUUUUUAUGUAGUUAUCGGUAAAAGGGAAAGGUGUCAAAAUUUUGAGACAACCUAGUUAAUCUUGAACAAACUUCAAUGUCUAAAAGAUUUUCAGGUAUAAGUUAAUGCAUCCCUCAUCCAAGCUCAUCAGUUGCAAAAUGCUCAUUCUAGAUUUUACAGUCUAUGGUCUUUGCCAUCCUUGGAUCUAUAUAUAGUUUGAUAACUGGAAUACCAUGGGCUAUUUAUAGCACAUUUGUUAUUGAAGAACGGCAUGGAUUUAAUAAACAGGUAAUGAAAAUAUCCAAUAACUCAAUUUCGAAAAAAUACAGGGAGAUCAAAACUCCAAAUAUCAAAUUUCUCCUUGUAUUUUUCAGGUAGUUGCAUCCCUAUCAAUGAAAGUUUUGUAAUUUAUGAUAAUCCUUGAUUUUGACAAUAAUAUAAUCAUAUAAAAUUAUUCUCUCCCAGACAUUUGGUUUCUUUGUCAAAGACACAAUAAAGAAAUUCAUAGUGAGCAUGAUCAUUGGUCUUCCCAUCAUGGCUGGCUUGAUCUAUAUCAUUAAGUGGGGAGGUGAUUAUUUCUUUGUUUACUGCUGGAUAUUCACUUUACUAAUCUCACUGGUAAGUUUUUUAUUUUGUUUUUUACAACUCUCUGGUUUCAUUUGUAUUUUAGUCACGACUAAAUUACAGUAACUGAAAUAUAACUAGCAUCAUUCAGAACAUGUUAAUAUGAAGAAAAUGUAGUUUAAACUAUAUUCAUGUACCGUUAUUUAGUUUACAUUCACUACAGUAUCUACUCGCAAUAUUGACAAUUUACUCACAAGUUUUCAAUUGAUAAUUUAGUUUCUUUUGACUAUCUACAUGGACUACAUUGCUCCACUGUUUGAUAAGUUUACUCCAGUCCCUGAGGGAGAGCUACGGACAGCUAUUGAGAUGCUAGCACAACGUAUUGACUUCCCGUUAACAAAGCUACUAGUAGUUGAAGGUUCCAAACGUUCGUCACAUAGCAACGCUUACUUCUAUGGCUUCUACAAAAACAAGAAGAUUGUGCUGUUUGAUACAUUGUUGUCCGAGGGUGUGAUGCCCAAGAAAGAAGAGGAAGGGACAGAGGAGGGGACAGAAGGUGGUAAUGAAGAGCAAGGCAGGGAUGAUGGUGGGGUAGAUGAUGGUAAUGAGGAACAAAACGUACAGUCAAGUAUGGACAAUGGGGAGCAGCCUGAGACUGGUGAAGAAGUGAAGGCAGAUGAGGUAGGUAUUCAGGUUUUGGAGUCACAUGGGAAUGUUAAAAAUAAAUCACACGACAUGGGUGGCAGCUCUGAAUACCAGAGCAAGGCACAGUUGUCUGAAUUUGUCGGAAAUUUAUAUCAAGCAUGGUAAAUAGAAGAGAUCAAUUGGAGCUCCACCAUUAGCAAGUAAAGUUACAACAUUCAGUUGACAGAUUUUUAUUUUGGCUUUAAUGAUAUGCGAUCCAAAUGGCAAACAUUACAUGAUCCAAUGGGACCCCGUUAUUGGAGAUUGCCUCUGUGGUCACUCCCUGCCUGUGUUGUAUGUAAAUUUUGUCUAGUCUAAUUUAUGUCUAUGUUUGGCAAAUCUUGUAAAUAAAUAAAUCAAUAAAUAAACAAUGUUGUCCCUAUAGUUUUCUUACUGUGAUUCCAUUAGGUUAAAGUUUAUCCUAUAACUGCAUGUGUCCUAAUGAAUUCCAGUGGAUGAGAUAAGAGUACCUGUACACUGUAUGUACCUUGGUGAUAUAAGACAACAACUUGGACCAGGUAAAUGUACCUUUAACGUACCUAUUUGUAUGUUUUAAGAAAACAACAGCGGAGAAUAAAGAAGAGAAGAAAACGAAAAGACUUGGAUGUACAAACCAGGAAGUAUUGGCUGUGUUAUCUCAUGAAAUGGGACAUUGGAAACUGAAUCAUACUGUGAAGAACUUAAUUAUCAGUCAAGUGAGUCACUUGAUUUUUUGUUGCCUGAUUUUAUUGCCUUUGAUAUAUAGCUGGCUAAUUUAAUGGAAUUGCAAAAUUUGGUUGAUAUCAUGAAAUAUAUUCAGGGUUUUUUUCAGGGAUUUUUUAGGGCCGUUCAAUGGCCCCAAAAACUCAAUCUUGAAUUGAGUUUUGAAACUCGAUCUUCUCACCAAAGUUUCAGUGCAGUAAAAAUGAAAUUGUUUGAGUUAAAUUCGUGAUGUGUGGAAAUUAGUUUUCAGUUGCAAACCCGACAAUUAAAGAAAAAAUGGCUGGAAUUCAUCUGACAACACAAGAAAAACUAUGCAUUCGCCAUCUUUAACCAGUUUAUAGUGUCCUUUAGUGCCCCUGCUUUAACACAUUCCGUCUCAACUACAUUUAUUGAGUACAAGUGUCAGCCCCCCGGUAGGGGGGGGGGGCAAGCAGCCACCCCAGCUGUUCAGCUAAACUCAAUCUUCUCUGCAAAAACGGACCCAAGAGAAAAUCCUGAAAAAACCCUGAUAUUAUCAUUAUUUUCUUCCUCUGAUAACUGCAGAUUUACCACCAUUUGCUGCACGACAGUGCUUAGUGAAACCCAACUGUGUAUGUUUUAUUCAAACAUGGAAUGGGCUUUGAUAAGUCUGUGUAUUAAUUGUUCUGUUUAUUGUGAUAGAAAGUGACUCACAAGUGACAGUUUAUUAUUUCUUUGCUUGUAGUUCAACACAUUGUUUUGUUUCAUGGUGUUUGGUUUUCUUGUUCAUUGGAAGGUGUUGUUCGCCAGUUUUGGUUUCGCCUCAAGUCAGCCAACCUUGAUUGGUUUACUGAUUGUUUUUCAGUUUAUAUUUUCUCCUUAUAACGAGGUAUGUCUACGCUUCUACACCUCUUCUAACAGCUUUCGCUUCUAACUUGUAUUAGGGGCGGAUUUUCAGUUUCGGCCGUCUGCUUGUGCUAGAAUUCCUUUAGCGGAAUUUUAUUAGAUAUUUUUCGGUAAUUUUAGUGGUCAAAAGCUAGGUAGUGUUGGAAUAUAAACACAGGUAUGUUUUGCCAUAAUAAAUUUAGUGAUUGGAUGGGGUGAAGAUCAAACAGAACUAUUCUUGUGCGAAAAAUAUAAGGAUGUUGCCAAGAAUCUUUUCUUAUCUUUGACAAUAAAUUUCUCUUGCAGUUGUUAGGUUUUCUCAUGACCGUCCUCAGCCGUCGUUUCGAGUUUCAAGCGGAUAGAUUUGGAAAGGAUCUUGGUUAUGCUUACCCACUGGAGUCCGCGUUGAUCAAACUACACAAAGAUAACCUUGGAUUUCCUGUUGCAGAUAAGCUUUACUCCACCUACCAUUACUCCCAUCCUCCAAUCAUUGAGCGAAUACAGGCUCUGAGAGGGAAGAAAAACGACUAA